AUGGGCUGCUACAAGUACCUGGAGGAGCUCUGGAAGAAGAAGCAGAGCGACACCAUGAAGUUCAUCCAGCGGGUCCGCACCUGGGAGUACCGCCAGCUGCCUGUCAUCCACCGGGCCACCAAGCCCAGCCGUCCUGACAAGGCCCGUCGCCUUGGAUUCAAGGCCAAGGAGGGCUAUGUGGUCUACCGCACCCGCGUUCGCAGGGGUGGGCGCAAGCGCCCCGUGCCCAAGGGCCGGGUGAACGGCAAGCCUGCCAGCGUGGGAGUCAACGAACUCAAGUUCACCCGCAACCUGCGCUCGCUGGCCGAGGAGCGCGUGGGGCGCAAGCUGGGCGGACUGCGAGUGCUGAACUCCUACUGGGUGGCCCAGGACAGCACCUACAAGUACUACGAGGUGAUCAUGGUCGACCCUACCAAGGAUUCGAUCCGCAAUGACGGCAAGAUCAACUGGAUCUGCACCCCCACCCACAAGCACCGGGAGCUGCGGGGGCUGACCUCGGCGGGCAAGAAGGCGCGGGGACUGCGGGUGAAGGGCCACCUCAACAACAAGACCCGGCCCUCGCGGCGUGCCAACUACCGGCGCAGGAACGUCGUCAAGGUCUGGCGCUACAAAUGA